AUGGGCCGUGCCGGGCCGACCCCCAAAUUUUUCACCGGCGCGGCACACUUUACACCUCUUUACACCUCUGGAAGAAAUGUGAAAUGUGAAAGCAGGGCAUUCUUAGUUCUUACACCGGAAACAAGGGUGUUCUUCAAACCCUGCUGUCAGAUAGGUGAGGAACAGGCGAAGGGAGAAGAAGAUAGAUUGAGUGCAGAACAUUACGCCUUUUGUUCUCCGCUGCGACUCCGGGCAACAGAGAAACAGAAAGAGAGAAUGGCGCAGUCUCUUCCGGGCAUAAACCCUCCAAAAACCUUUAACUGCGGCAAGACCCCACUCUUUCCAUCCAUUCGAUCACUCCGUCCGCAUCAAUAUAAGAUUUUUACGACACCCAGAACCAAAGAACUCCCAAUAGUGUCUCUCUCAGUCAUGUCGAACCAACCACAACCGUCUCUGGAUGUCCUCACCAGAAGCGAUCGUAGAGACGAUGCCCUUGGCUCCAUCCGGAGCUCGUUGUCUAACUGUCUCACUGAGACCAAUCUUCUUCAAACCGUUCCUGGUCUCAAAUCCAAGACCAUAGGAAAGGUUAGAGAUAUUUAUGAUGGUGGGGAUUAUCUUGUUCUUGUCACAACUGAUCGACAGAGUGCCUUUGAUAGAAUUCUUGCUUCAAUUCCCUUCAAAGGCCAGGUUCUUAAUGAGACGAGCUUAUGGUGGUUUGAAAAGACUCGACACAUAACUCCAAAUGCGGUGGUAUCAGCUCCUGAUAAAAAUGUUACAAUUGCGAAGAAAUGCUCAGUUUUCCCGGUUGAGUUUGUUGUUAGAGGUUUUGUGACUGGAAGUACUGAUACAUCACUGUGGACGGUCUACAAGAAAGGUGUCAGAAAUUAUUGUGGCAAUAUACUCCCUGAUGGGUUGGUAAAAAACCAGAAACUACUGGCAAAUAUCCUCACACCAACAACUAAGGCUGAAGAUCACGAUGUUCCUGUGACUCCAACUGAGAUAAUUGAACGUGGUCUGAUGACUCAGGCUGAGUAUGAUGAAGCAAGUAGAAAAGCAUUAAGUUUAUUUGAAUAUGGGCAGCGUGUAGCUCUGGAACAUGGGCUGAUAUUAGUGGACACAAAGUAUGAAUUUGGGAAGGGAUCUGAUGGGACAAUUCUUUUGAUUGAUGAGGUCCAUACUCCUGAUUCCAGCAGAUACUGGAUUUCACAUUCUUACGAGGAGCGGUUUCAAAAUGGUCUUGAACCUGAAAAUGUUGAUAAGGAGUUUUUGAGGUUGUGGUUCAAGGAUCAUUGCAAUCCAUAUGAAGAUGAGGUCCUUCCUGAUGCUCCUGAAGAUCUUGUUUGUGAGCUUGCUUGGCGAUAUAUUUUCCUGUAUGAGACAAUUACAGCAUCAAAAUUUGAGAUGCCAGGAACAAAGGAGCUAAUACAUGACCGAAUAUCAAGGAAUGUAUCGAAGGCACUGGCAUCCCUAUAACGACUUGGUACAUUACAGAUGGAAAACUAUGAGUGCUGUCCAGAAGGAUACUGGAAGCUAAUACAUGCUUAUUUACAAACAAUGUAUCGAAGGCACUUCAAUGACCAUCCUUAAUUAUGGACAACUCUCUCCCCCCACCCUUUUCACUGGAAACGGUUAGGAUUAGUUUGGAAGGAGUACAAUAGUGCAAAUACAUACAAAAUACAAGGUUUUGCACUCUACAUUGUAUUUGUGCUCCGCCUUGAGAACAAUCCGGUACCAGAAGAACGAACAUAUAUUGUAAUUUUACAUGAAAAUUAUUUAUUUUGAUUUCUGUUAUGAACCCAAGUAAGCUAUUCUGAGAAGGUGACCAAAAUCAUUCUUUUUUUUUUUUUUUCAUUUUUUUGGGUGGGUAGGGGGUGUAAUCUUCUAAUGUCUCAGGGACAGAGACACCUGACCAGAGUCUGAAAUUGACGAUCUUGAUAAAUAUGACCUUUUCAAUUUGUAUUUUGUAAUUUUGUAUAGACAAGUCAGCAGUCAGCGCUGGAGGGGAAUUAAGCAUAGAUUAUUUAUUUUUUGAUGGAUAGAAGCAAAAUUUUUUA